GGAAAAAGAGAGAUCAGCGGUCCCUGUGAAAGGCAGAACAUUUCGCCUCUCCGUCAGGCUUUCUUCCUGCGUUUCUCCUUCUCAAAGGUCCCAGUCUUUGAGCUGCGUUCGUCCUUGUUCUCUCGCUCUCCCGCUGGGCUGCUGAGUAAGCAAGCGCCGGCGGAGCGCUGAGGCGAGGAACGGUGCUCAGUUCUUUUUACGCGGGCAAAAUUUCAGAUUUUUUCGUCGCCUUCUCGCCUCUCCGCGAGAGGAGUCGGCUCUGCUUGUUCCACUGUGAAUCUCCGCCGCAAGACUCCAAACGCGGCCUCGGUUGUGUCGCGACUUUCGCAGCGCCAAGGUGCCACAGAGAGACGACACAAGCUUCCGUGAAGAGCGAGAAGAGAACAAGUCUGAGAAGCAGAGGGAGAAGAACGAGGAGAGAAACAGAGGAAGAGAGACAGAGAAUGAAAGAAAGAAGCAAGAGAAGAUGAGAGGGAAAGACGGAGGCGACGAGAGGGCGAGGAGAAGUGAAAGAGACUGGAAGUCUGUCGGAAGCUAACUGUCUGGGGUCUCUCUUUUUUCGGAGUCCCUUUCGUCAUCGCUUUUCUCACCUCUGCAGCUUCUGUAGACAGCCUUCGUCGCCUUCCCCCCCUCUUCUAUAUGGCUCUCGCCUUCGCCUCACGACUUCGUCUUCUUCUCCAGCUUCGUCUUCUUCUCCAGCUUCGCCUUUUCACUCAUCCGCUUCUCACGCUUCCUCUGCCGUGUCUUCGCUUUCCUCUGUACGUUUACGGGGCUCUUCCUUCGCAAUUGCCUUCGCGUCCUCGCUGACGCGUCACUUCCGCGCGCUCGGCUUUCUCAGCUGGUCUCCGUCCUGCGACUUGUCUCUUCUUCCAGCUCUCUUGGUCCUUUUCGCUUUCUCUCUCUUCGGCGCUAGCUCUCUGGCUGUUCUCGUUCGUUCGCUGUCUGUCUCUUGUCGUUCCUUUGCCUCAAAACGAUUCUCUCUCCACUCUCGCUGAGUUCUUGUUCGUUUCCCCUUCGUCUUCCGUUUCACUCUCUCUCGUCUUUUACGGCGUUCUUUGCCGCGGCAGUGCCACCCUACGUUUUCUUAUCAAAACGUCUCUCUGGAGGACGGUCUACGUCGUUUUUCGUCUAGGGGAGCCUUUCUUAUCAGAGGGCCUUCUCUCUGUCUGUUCGUCUUCCUCUCUCUGUCUGUUCGUCUUCCUCUCUCUGCCUGUUCGUCUUUCUCUCUCUCUUCCCACAGCUCUCCUCUUUUCCCCCCAGUUAUCUCUUUUUUCUGCUUUUUCUUCUUUCGCUUUUUUCUUUCUCUUUUUUCUUUCUCUUUUUUUCUUUAUCUCUUGUAUUUUCCUCCUCAUUUUUCUCUUGCCCGCCAUGAAGAGAGUCUCGGGAGCGGCUGCUCCGCGACUCAGCGCGGGAGCUCCGUCGGCCGUUCGGCCUCCCCAGCCGGCGAUCUCCAAGGGCGCCUCCGCCGCUCCAGGCAAGGGCACUGUGAAGGCCGGCGCCGGACUUUGCAAGGGCAAAAGAGGUGGAAAGACCAUCAGCACUGCCAAGAUGAGCGAUUCCUACGUCGUCUCGUUUCCGAACGCGCUGCCCGUGAAGCAAGUCAUCUGGGCGCGCGACUCUCUCGCAGGCGCUUGGCGGCUCUGCUCGAUUGUCCACGCGCGCAUGAGGGUGGCUCCGCCAGUGGACGGCUCCAGCUCUUCGAGUUCUGAGAGCCGUGAAGGUUCGAAACCUUCUCCCGACAACUACGACUACUACGUCCAUUUUCUCGGAUUUGACAGACGCUUAGAUCAGUGGAAGGCAUGGGAGGAAGUCAGAGAGAACGAGAGCGAUUUGCCUAGGGACGAACCGUGCGUUAAAGAGGUUCCUGACUCCAGCGACGACGAGCACGCAGGGAUGGACGAGGAGUAUUUGCGCGAACAUGAAGAAGCGACGAAAGUGAAGAGCAUCGGCACAAUUCGAAUGGGCCGCUACAGCGUAGACACAUGGUAUUUCUCUCCGUAUCCGAAGCUCUUUCAGAACGUCCAGACUCUUCACAUUUGUGAAUUUUGCCUCACCUUCUUCAGGGAAGAAACCGAGCUUCGACGCCACACAGGUCUCUGUGAGUGUCGGCAUCCUCCCGGAAACGAGAUUUACAGAGACAAAGACAUUGCCAUGUUCGAGGUGGAUGGCAACCACUGUCGAGUCUAUUGUGAGAAUCUCUGCUUUCUCUCCAAGCUCUUUCUUGAUCACAAAACGCUACGGCACCCUGUCAGUCUCUUCCUCUUCUACGUGAUGACCGAGAUCGACGACAAGGGAUACCACAUCACAGGUUACUUCUCCAAAGAGAAAUACUCGAAGAACAACGUCUCUUGCAUCCUGACGCUGCCGCAACACCAGCGAAAAGGCUACGGGAAGUUUCUGAUAAACUUUUCUUACGCACUGUCGAGGGCAGAGCGAAAAGCAGGCACCCCCGAACGGCCGCUCUCGGACUUAGGCAAGGCCUCGUACAUCGCCUUCUGGACGGAAGCGAUUCUCGCUCUCCUCGAGAGAAACGAAGGCCGCAUCUCUGUUCAGGACCUCUCUCGGAUGACAUGCAUUGAGCAAGCAGACAUCUUGGCUUGCCUCGAGCACCACGGAGUUCUGAAAAGCAAAGGCGAGUGUUUCUUCCUCGUUCUUCCUCAGCAGAAAAUCAAAGCUCUCAAGGAAGCAGCAGGGCGACCUUCGAGAGCUGUCAAAGCGGAAGAGCUCCACUGGAUACCUUACGAUCGAUAUCUUAUGCCUUUUGAGUACAGUCCUCAAGCCUAAACCUCUCGAGGUUUUGAAAACGUUUCGGUAGUCUUUCUCCCUUUUGUACAAUAUGGCACCUUCAACUGUAUAUAAUAUAUAUAUAUAUAUAUAUAUAUGUAUAUGUGUAUACUACCUAAGUUUGUUACCUCACACCUUUCAACUACAACGCUCAAUCCUAAGUGUCUUGGGUUUUUACAAAGAAAUAUUGAGUAUUUUCUGGUCCUGUUCUUUUCAAUCUGUCUCUUUGCAUGUGAAUCCGUAUGGCGUCAUAUGUACGUUGUAUAUGUAGACACAUUCCCGGUAGCCGUUAUCUCACUUUUUUCGAGUGCAGCUCUCGCCCCCGAAGCUCGGAUUUUGUGCACAAUAGACCGGAUCUAUCUUCCUUAUCCUUCCCAAUUUUGGAGUCACUUUGUGAAAUUGCGUGGAUAUCUUCAGAGACUGCAAGUUGUCGUCCUUCACUGUAUGGAGUGUAGAUUCUCUUUUCUGAGAGGAUUAUUCGUAGGUUGCUCUACAUGUAACGUGACAUUCCGGCGUAAGGUGAAUGCGUUGGAGGCCCUCCUACAUGCUAACUUGAAUUCAGGCUUGGAGAACGCUUCGUAGUUUCUUUCUUGGUGGUGCUUUGCUUCGCAUACACACGUAGGUGUAUUUGAACAGAACGACAGAGACGAUGUGAAGACAUGCACGCG